AGCGUCUCCCCGCCCCUCUGGCGGGGAGGGGUGAAUGGAGUAGCGAGGAUCCCUCCGCCCCAGAGCUCCCCUCCCUGUCCUCCGCACCCUCCGGCCGGCAGUGCCACUCCCGCUGACCCGGGAGGGGACCCAGGCGUCCGGAUCCCUGCCUGCCAGGCUUCCACGUCGCCGAUUCGCAAUGGCCAAGCGCAGCUCGCUGUCUAUUCGAAUCGUAGAAGGGAAAAAUCUACCCGCCAAGGACAUCACGGGCAGCAGCGACCCCUACUGCAUCGUGAAAGUGGACAAUGAACCCAUCAUCAGGACAGCUACUGUGUGGAAGACCCUGUGCCCCUUCUGGGGUGAGGAGUAUAAAGUGCAUUUACCCCCAACGUUUCACACAGUGGCCUUCUACGUCAUGGAUGAGGAUGCCCUCAGCCGGGACGAUGUUAUUGGAAAGGUCUGCCUCACGAGGGAUAUGCUAGCCUCUCACCCAAAGGGGUUCAGUGGAUGGACACACCUGAUGGAGGUGGACCCCAAUGAGGAGGUGCAGGGAGAGAUCCACCUGCGCCUGGAGGUGGUACCAGGGACCCAUGCCAGCCGGCUGCGUUGCUCAGUGCUUGAGGCCAGGGACCUGGCCCCAAAAGACCGGAAUGGAGCAUCUGACCCUUUCGUCCGAGUGCACUACAAUGGCCGGACCCAGGAGACCUCGGUGGUGAAGAAAUCCUGCUACCCACGCUGGCACGAGACAUUUGAAUUUGAGCUGGAGGAGGGAGCCGUAGGAGCGCUGUUGGUGGAGGCCUGGGACUGGGAUCUUGUCAGCCGGAAUGACUUUCUAGGCAAAGUGGUAGUCAACGUCCAGAGACUGUGUUCAGCCCAGCAGGAAGAAGGUUGGUUCCAGCUGCAGCCUGACCAGUCCAAAAGCCAAAGAGGCCAGGGCAACCUGGGCUCCUUGCAGUUGGAGGUGCGGCUAUGGGAUGAGACAGUGUUGCCAUCCAUCUUCUACCAGCCUCUCAUACAACUGCUGUGCCAGGAGGUGAAGCUGGGCACCCAGGGCCCAGGACAGCUGAUUUCUAUCAUCGAGGAGACAGCUAGUGCUGAGUGUCGCCAGGAAGUGGCCACUACCCUGCUCAAGCUCUUCCUGGGGCAGGGGCUGGCCAAGGAUUUUCUGGACCUGCUCUUUCAGCUGGAGCUGAGCCGUACCAGUGAGGCCAACACCAUCUUCCGGAGCAAUUCCCUGGCCUCAAAAUCCAUGGAGUCUUUUCUGAAGGUGGCAGGGAUGCGAUAUUUGCAUGGCAUCCUGGGUCCCAUCAUUGACCGAGUGUUCGAGGAGAAGAAGUACGUGGAGCUGGACCCCAGCAAAGUGGAAGUUAAGGAUGUAGGGUGCUCUGGACUGCACCGCCCACAGACGGAAGAUGAGGUGUUGGAGCAGAGCGCACACACCCUGCGUACUCACUUGGUGGCGUUGCUGAGCGCAAUAUGCCGCUCGGUUCGCGCGUGCCCAGCGGUGGUCCGCGCCACUUUCCGGCAGCUGUUCCAGCGCGUGCGGGAGCGCUUCCCGACCGCCCAGCACCAGAACGUACCGUUCUUCGCUGUCACCAGCUUCCUGUGCCUUCGCUUCUUCUCUCCCGCUAUCCUGUCGCCCAAGCUUUUCCACCUGCGAGAGAGACACGCAGAUGCUCGUACCAGCCGCACACUACUUCUGCUGGCCAAGGCGGUCCAGAAUGUAGGCAAUAUGGACACGGCGGUCUGCAGGACCAAAGAGGCAUGGAUGGAACCACUACAGCCCACUGUGCUCCAGGGCGUGGUGCAGAUGAAGGACUUCAUCACCAAGCUCAUAGACAUAGAAGAAAAGGAAGAGCUGGACCUACAGCGGGCACUGAACUCGCAGGCACCGCCUGUCAAGGAGGGACCGCUGUUUAUCCACAGGACCAAAGGCAAAGGCCCUCUUGCGUCCUCCUUCAAGAAACUGUACUUCUCCCUUACCACUGAAGCCCUCAGCUUCGCAAAGACAGCCAGCUCCAAGAAAAGUGUCUUCAUCAAGCUCGCCAGCAUCCGGGCUGUGGAGAAGGUAGAAGAGAAGAGCUUUGGCAGCUCCCACGUCAUGCAGGUCAUCUAUGCAGAUGAUGUUGGCCGGGCCCAGACUGUCUACCUGCAGUGCAAGUGUGUGAACGAGCUGAACCAGUGGCUGUCUGCACUGCGCAAAGUGAGCCUCAACAACAGAAGCCUCCUGGCAUCCUACCACCCCGGCAUCUUCCGUGGGGACAAGUGGAGCUGCUGUCACCAGAAAAACAAGACAGAUCUGGGAUGUGACAAGACCCACUCUCGGGUGACCUUGCAGGAAUGGAGUGAUCCACUGGACCAUGACCUUGAGGCUCAGCUCAUCUUCAGGCACCUGCUGGGCAUGGAGGCUGCUCUUUGGGAGAAGUACCGGAUACUGAGUGGGAAAACAGAAACAGGCAUCUCACCAACAGGACAUGGUGGAGCUCCUGAGGACCCACUGGCCCAGCUGUUUCAUGUGCUACAAGAUCUUCGAGAUGCCCACAGCUCCAGUCUGGCUGGCCCACCACCCAGAGAGCCCCAUCGACUUCUAGAGCUACAGACGUGAGGUGUCCAUGAAGCCCCUGUCAGGUGUUUGGAGAUCCCUGACAUGCUCAGGAUCCUUGUCCCAGUCAUCCUGGUGAGGGCUGUGGCCCAACAUGGCCUUGUCUAUAACUAUUGGGGGACAACAGUGACACUUGCUUCUUUGGGAGAUCUACUGCUUUUGUAAUCCCCAUGACCCAGAGUCUUCACCAAGGACAGACCCAACCCUAGGAGGCCAGGUUGUCCACAUUGCAUUGCCUCACUCUCAGCCAUCACCACUGUCUGACCUCCUAGGUUGGGUGUCACAGUACUCUGCUGCCACUAAUAAACGUGCCCUUACUGCCAA